CCUCCUCUUGUUGGGAUUUAUAUAUAAUUGAAAUCCGGUACCAUCUCCCCUAGGUGCAUCUUGUUCGUCUUCGAGUAGUUAAACCAUUUGAUCUUAUUACGCAAUAAUACUCAAUGUCCAUUAUAGAACUGAGCAAAAGACAGUACGUCUGCGAUGCAAGCGGGUAUUGCUAUUACAGACGGAACAGCACGUACUGGUGGAUUGUAUUUGUUGUUGUGAUCCCGAUUCUGGUGUUUGCCAUGGUUCUCAUGCUCUUGAGAAGACGUAACCUGAGAAGGUCCCGUCAGGGACAGUCGUAUAUCCCAUACACGGGCUGGACCACGUAUGGUAAUAACAACCAAGCGCAGACAAGCCAGCGUACAACAACGCACAGCAACAAGGUUACUACUACGACCCAAAUACCAAACCAGCAGAGGAAACAGAGGAACAGCUACCGCCUUAUAAACAGAACACGACAUCCACCACCGAGACAGCGACGAAUGAGUAUUCAACGUAUAGUAGGCCAGCAGGUGCGCCACCGACACACAAUCAAGUCACAGGUGCAAACACGAUACAGCCUCCACAGAACUCUUACCAGAGAACGUAACGGUCAUCAUAGACUUCGUGGAUCAACACAUUUCUUAAUAGCUUUAAAUAAAACACAAAUUAUUAUGAUUAUGAGUUUUUAUAUACUCCAACAACAACAGAAUAGUGUGGAAAUAACAUAUAGAAUACAACCCCACGAUACAUAUAAAGAUAGAGAAAGUUAAAAAAAAGGCAUUCUCAAAGUAGUACAGACAGAAUGUUAAGCGACCGAACUCUUAGAAUGAUCAAUUACCAAAUGGUGGGACAUGGAUGAACAAAACAAAACAAGUGGGCUGUGGUGUGAAUCAUUGUACGGAUAUCACCUUGAUUUAAAACUCCUCCUUGAAUAGGCUCUUGUGUUUCUCCUCAGUGGUUAAUUCUUUUUUUUCAUCACUGCCUUGGCUGAAGCCAGAAAACGUCUGUUUCAACUCACCACCAUCUGUAGUGCUGGACUUGGCUUCAACUUGCUUUUUUGGCACAUAGUUUAAAGCUUCAUCAACCAUGGAUCUGUAGUUUGGAUUGGCAACGACUGUUGGACCUGUUGAUGUAGUGACCUUAGUGGUGGACUCCUCCGCAGCCUUAGCAGCUUCAGAUUCUGCUUUGGCCUUUUCCCUAGCAGCAUCCUC